AUGGCAAACAGUAAAGCAGUAGUUGCACUAGCAAUUGGGCUCAUCUUCUUAUUGAACCUUGCUGGACAAUGCUACGGUUAUAUUGUCAAUGGCGGUCUCCAGUACGGUUUCUACAAUGGCAAGUGUAGGUCUUCGGAUGUCGAAGAGAUUGUAAGGAAAGCAGUCUACAACAAGUUCCUUUCUGACCGAACAAUCGCUCCUGCUUUGAUUCGCAUGCAGUUCCAUGAUUGCUUUGUUAAUGGGUGUGAUGCGUCGAUUCUACUAGAUGGACCAAACAGUGAGAAAACCGCACCCCCAAAUUUAAGCGUUAGGGGCUUUGAUGUCAUUGAUGCUGCCAAGGACGCGGUCGAGAAAGUAUGUGCUGGAGUAGUGUCCUGUGCUGACAUAAUCAUUAUGGCUACUAGAGAUGUUGUUUCCUUGAGUGGUGGAGGUAGAUACAGUGUUCAAACAGGAAGAAGGGAUGGAUUUGUGUCUCUUGCCCAAAACACUAGAACCCUCCCCCCUCCUUCUGCAUCAGUGUCGAGCGCGGUUCAAGCUUUUGCUAAAAAAGGACUCACCGUCAGCGACAUGAUCUAUCUUCUUGGUGGUCACUCAAUCGGAAUAGCUCAUUGUUCUUUAUUUAAAGAUCGUCUUUAUAACUUCAAAAACACUGGCAAACCAGACCCAACCAUGGAUUUAUUCCUGCUAUCAUCGUUGAGGCGUACAUGUUCCCAAAAUGCAACAGUUGAUCGCACUGCUAACUUGGAUCAAAACCCUUCUAGCUCAUCGGUCGUUGAUAAAUCUUACUACAGUCAAAUAAUGAUGCGCAGGGGAGUCCUUAAAUUCGAUCAAGACUUGGCAUCAGACCCUUUGAGCAAGUUCACGGUUGCAGCCAUUGCUAGUUCUUGGGAUUUCAACACCAAGUUUGGCAAGGCUAUGGUUAAGAUGGGUGCCAUCCAGGUUCUAACAGGAACACAAGGACAGAUUAGGAAAUCAUGUCGGGCUAUCAACCGCCAGAUAUCCUGGACUUCCUUAAUUAAGUCCUGAUUGAAAUUUUCUUGGGGGGUUUUACAAUUGAUGUCAUACUUAUCUGAGAGUGAAGUUUUGGGUUGUCAAUUUGUUUGCCAUUUUGUGAUGUACUCGUAAUACUUUAUUUUCUUGAUUUGUUUGGAGAAAUGCAUUU